CCGGGCAAGAUGGCGGCGGAGGCGGCGGACUCGUGGGACGCCGACAGCUUCGAGGUGGUGGAGCCGGUGGCGAAGCGGCUGGUGCCGGGGGUGGCCGGGGACCGCUGGGCCGGCGAGGAUGAGGAGGACGAUGUGAAGGAUAACUGGGAUGAUGAGGAGGAAGAGGAGGAGGUAAAGGAGACAGAGGUAAAACAAGAACCGAAAGUUUCAGAAAAAAAGAAAAUAGCAGAAAAAAUCAAAGAAAAAGAAAAGCUACAGAAGAAAAAGCAAGAGGAGCUUAAAAAAAGGUUAGAGGCACCAGAGGAGCAGAAGGAGCUCACACCAGAAGAACAGUUGGCAGACAAACUACGGCUAAAGAAGCUACAAGAGGAGUCGGACCUUGAGUUAGCAAAGGAAACAUUUGGUGUAAAUAACACUUGUGGAAUAGAUGCCAUGAAUCCCUCUACAAAAGACGACUUCACGGAAUUUGGCAAACUCCUAAAGGAGAAAAUCACGCAGUACGAGAAGUCCUUACAUUACGCCGGGUUUUUGGAAGCGUUAGUUCGGGACGUCUGUAUCUCCUUGGAAGUGGAUGAUUUGAAAAAGAUCACAAACACUCUGACAGUACUAUGCAGUGAAAAACAAAAACAGGAGAAGAAUAAAGCCAGAAAGAAGAAAAAAGGGGUUGUUCCUGGCGGGGGGCUGAAGGCGACCAUGAAAGACGACCUGGCCGACUACGGGGGCUACGACGGCGAGUACGUACAAGACUUUGAAGACUUCAUGUGACAUUUAUCUCCUCUCUGUUGUCUCUCUGUUGCCCAUAAUCCCUUAAACAUGUAGCACAACUUUUCUUCCUUUAAAUUCUGCCAAAUGCUACAAUCAGAAUUGCAGUAUCUGUGUGCUGGGGGUUGGACGUGCCCAGCCCGGGAGGAAGCCCCGGGCCGGGGUAGAAGGGAAAAGCUCUGAAAAUUGCAGUUAAAAACCCAAAAUUCUGAGAAUGGGCACUGCUGCUAUUUAAUUUGGUAGCAACAGCCAGUAGAUUGGGAAGGAAUUGGAAGGGGUGAAGGAUUACAGCCAGCACAGCUCCGUGGCGUGGCCUCCCCUGCCCCUGCCCCUGUCCAGGGGCCGCUGGCAGCAAGGGCAGGGUGUGCAGGCAGAGUCCCCGUCGCUUUGAGGCAGAGCUUGAGGUUCUCAGCACUGGGGGAAGGGCACUGCUAACUCCGUGUGGGAUACUGCACCUGGGAGCCUGUCCCCUGGGCCAGCCCUGCUCCACAGCCUGGGGCAGAGCCAGGCACACCCACUUGUGUCUCCAGGAUGAACUUUAGUUCCAGUCACCUAAAUUUCUACUAAUGCAGCUGUUGGGGUGGGUGUUCUUUAACAGUUAAUUAAUGGAUUUCAGUGUAAAACAAAAACCAAGCCACGAGACUUCCUUGGGGCUCUCCUGGGGUGUGGUGGGUCUUUCGUGACUCUGCCCUUUUCUUUCAUUAAAAACCAAACUUGCUUUGCAAACUGCAGCAGUUCCUCCAGUUGGGCAAAUUGUUAUGUUAACAAUUACAACAUCUGCAAUGUUUUAUAAAGCAACUAAUUUAAUAAAAAUCACUAUUGAGGACUUCA